AUGGCGCUGAGCAAACCCUUUUCCCGGCAUGCUCCGCGGAACCGGCCUCCGAGUCCGUACAUUAAGAUGGCGGCGCCUGACCUGUUCUCCCAGCAUGCCCUGCGUGCUGAUUCCAUACUGCAAGGCGGCGGCGACUGUGCCCCUUUCCCGGCAUGCUCCGCGCCUCUCCCUCCCGGCGCGUGUCCGUACGCUAAGAUGGCGGCGCCCGGCGGUAGCUCAGGGCGACGGCUGGUGCAGUACGUGGUGCUGCGGGGGGACCUGCAGCGGGAGCCGCUCUCGUGGCCGCUGGGGGCCCUGGUGGCUCAGGCCUGCCACGCGGCCCUGGCGGUGGUGCAUGCGCACUACGGGCAGGCGGACACCGGGGCCUACCUGGCUGAGGGGGGCAGCAUGAGGACCGUGGUGCUGGAGGCCCUGGAUGAGUGUGCCUUGACGACGCUAGCUGAGACUCUGAAGCAACACAACAUUGAUCACAAAGUGUGGAUAGAGCAGCCAGAGAACAUCGCUACUUGCAUCGCACUCAGACCCUACCCCAAAGAGGAAGUGCACCAACAUCUGAAGAAGUUCAUAUUGCUCAAAUGACCUUUACCCUAGCUUUCCAGUAUAGGUCCCUCACCUUCAUUGUGUCAUACAGACUUAACCAGAACAUGUAGCUUUCCUGGCUGUAAAAAUGGUACAGAUCUAUAUGGAGACAAUAAAGCUGCAUGUGUCCUAAAA